AUGGGGGCCUGAGAGGCGCAUCUGCGCAGGCGCUGGGCUCCUAAGUCUACCCAGGAACUGACCUUGCUCUGUCUUUUCCCUGUUAGACAUGGGCACUCCACAGAAGGAUGUUAUUAUCAAGUCAGAUGCACCAGACACUCUCUUAUUGGAGAAACAUGCAGAUUAUAUCGCAUCCUAUGGCUCAAAAAAAGAUGAUUAUGAAUACUGUAUGUCUGAGUAUUUGAGAAUGAGUGGCAUCUAUUGGGGUCUAACAGUAAUGGAUCUCAUGGGACAACUUCAUCGCAUGAAUAGAGAAGAGAUUCUGGCAUUUAUUAAGUCUUGCCAACAUGAAUGUGGUGGAAUAAGUGCUAGUAUCGGACAUGAUCCUCAUCUUUUAUACACUCUUAGUGCUGUCCAGAUUCUUACGCUGUAUGACAGUAUUAAUGUUAUCGACGUAAAUAAAGUUGUGGAAUAUGUUAAAGGUCUACAGAAAGAAGAUGGUUCUUUUGCUGGAGAUAUUUGGGGAGAAAUUGACACAAGAUUCUCUUUUUGUGCGGUGGCAACUUUGGCUUUGUUGGGGAAGCUUGAUGCUAUUAAUGUGGAAAAGGCAAUCGAAUUUGUUUUAUCCUGUAUGAACUUUGACGGUGGAUUUGGUUGCAGACCAGGUUCUGAAUCCCAUGCUGGGCAGAUCUAUUGUUGCACAGGAUUUCUGGCUAUUACAAGUCAGUUGCAUCAAGUAAAUUCUGAUUUACUUGGCUGGUGGCUUUGUGAACGACAGUUACCCUCAGGUGGGCUCAAUGGAAGGCCGGAGAAGUUACCAGAUGUAUGCUAUUCAUGGUGGGUCCUGGCUUCCCUAAAGAUAAUUGGAAGACUUCAUUGGAUUGAUAGAGAGAAACUGCGUAAUUUCAUCUUAGCAUGUCAAGAUGAAGAAACGGGGGGAUUUGCAGACAGGCCAGGAGAUAUGGUGGAUCCUUUUCAUACCUUAUUUGGAAUUGCUGGAUUGUCACUUUUGGGAGAAGAACAGAUUAAACCUGUUAAUCCUGUCUUUUGCAUGCCUGAAGAAGUGCUUCAGAGAGUGAAUGUUCAGCCUGAGCUAGUGAGCUAGAUUCAUUGAAGUGAAAGUUGCAUAGUAUAGUUUUGCCGUUUUAACAUUUCUGUAUUUGAAGUGCUUAUUGAAUCUAAAAAUGACUACUGUUAAUAUUUUGUAUAUUGUGUUAAUUUUAAUAAAUUAUAUAAUUAUACAUAUUGUAAAAUAAAGACCGGUAUUUUAUUUUCUGCUUUUUAUUCUGAAGUCCUGUUAUUCUGACUGCAGUUCUUUGUGUAUACUUCUGUGUCUGUUACGUUCAGUAACUGAGCUAACAUAAAAGAACUCUAGGUUUCUACUUGAUUUUUCCCCCAUGUAUACCUUUCAUGUGUUCUAUAGCAAGUUGAUGUAAAGUGGUUUGUCAACAAGAAUGUUAACUGAUGAAAGUGGAUAGAACCCAUACAUGAAUUAAAUGAUGCACAAAAUAAAUGGCUGUUGAAAUUUGGAAAUGAUUGA